AUGGGUGAGUGUUCAUCACCUGAAGUCGAUAAUGAGAGUGAUAACGAUGAAGUUGAUAAAGAUAGUGAUGACGGUGAUUAUCGUAAUAACGUUGAAAGUGAUGAUGAGAUCGAUACGAUUAGGUAUGCACCGAGAUCAAACUACCCGGGAUCGGGAAAUCCUGGGGCCGAACUACCCGGACCCGGGAAUCCCGGGUUCGGUCAUUCUGAUAACUUCCAUAAAGAUACCUUAGUGAUGAAGAAUACAAUUCAUUUUUUUGGCCCCAGGGAUCGAAAAAAGUUUUUAUUUUUUAUUUUGUUUUUUUAUAUGCAGUUUGUUGGAUCUCAUUGCGCUGAUCACGAAUGUCAUGUUUAUUUUGAGUUUUCAUCAAAUAUUGUCAUGGUUAUCUCAAACAUCAUCGUAUUUGAACGUUCAUCAUUUUUUGUCAAAAAUAAUAUGAUUUUCAAUUAAUUGGUGCGUCAGAAAUUUUGUUUUCACAUAUUUCAAUUAGCGCGUUUCCAUUCGACAUUUAAUCUCUAUCUGAAUUUGAAAGAAAUUCAAGCAAAAAGUGAAUUCUUCUGAUCAAUAUCGCCUGAAUACCAUGACCAAUUCGGGUACAUGCACUAACAGUUUUUGAUUGCUAAUCAUAUUGAGACCUCUGGUUCGCAAAGUUUCACGCUGAAAAUAGGCUUAACCGAAAGAGCAGAUAAAACUACGUAUAUGGUGAAAUUAUCGAAGAGGAUGGAGACUUUUUCGUGAAGAUAUUGGAGCAUGCUUGACAUAUUAAGAGUUGAAUAGGGUCUUUUUAUUAUACGAAGUUAGAUAAAUUGUAUUGCUAAUAUUUCAUGAAAAUAUACUUUAUCUUCGUAGUAUUUUAUUUUAUUUAUUUACAAUUAAGACGUUUCGAUCGCCAUGUGCAAUCUUC